CUCGCGAUAACAGCACAGAUCUUGUUCUAGGAAAGGAGGGAGUUCGAAGUUAUGCUAGCUAGCUGUUGUUACUAUCUAUAACUACCUAACUAGUCAACUUUUUAAACGUCAAGUUCCAAGAAGCUACAGCAACCUUGUCAACAGUGGACCAUGGACAUCGAGGAUGACACGACGGUGUUCUCCACUCUGAAGUCCUUUAAGAGUUUCAUCUCUCUUCCGGACACGUCUCGGAACCAGGGAGAACCCGCCCCGGUGCAGAGCCACGUCCUACAGAACCAGUACCUACAGAGAUUACAGUUGCUGGAGGCAGCAGAGAAGGUUCAGUCUAAGACCCAGCUGAUCCAGUUGGACCAGGAGAAGAGACAGAUGGAGAUCAGUCACAAGAGAGCACGCAUCGAACUGGAGAAGAACGCUACGCUGAGCGCUAGGGACUUUGAGCGUGAGGUGGACCGUAACCAGGACCUGCUGGGACGAAUCAGACGCCUGGAAGAGAGGGAGGCGGAGUCCAGCCAGAGCCUAUCGGAAAAGGCAGAGGCAAACCGUGCUCUACAUCGGACCCUGGAGUCUCUCAACAGAAGGGUGGAGGAGAGGGAUGGAUGGCUCAACACCUCUAACCAGACAGUGAGCGGUUUAAAGGAUGAGAUCCGGGACCUGAAGCAGCAGGUCCAGACGCGGGACAACACCAUCUCUAACCAGACACUGGAGAACCAGGGACUACAGGAACAAGUGGAGCUACAACAAAGGAAGUACCAGGAAGUGUCUCAGCGGUGCCAGGCCCUCCAGUUAGCAUCAUCCACCUGCUCCGACCACGAACUCAAGAUUAAGGAGUUGGAGAGGAAGUUGGCACUGCAGGAACAGGAUGUUGUCAUUGUGAAGAACAUGAGGUCAGAGGUCGCUAGGGUCCCAGAUAUGGACAAGGAGCUCCGACAGCUAAGAGAGGAGAAUGUUUACCUCAGGGAGACGAGGGAGAACGUGAUCCUGUUGAAGGAGGAAGCGGAGGGUCUGAGACGUAAGGUCGAACGGAUGGAGAAGAUGAAAGAGGAGAUGGUGAACGUGGAGCUGGAGAAGGAGAAACUGUCUCAGAAACUGCAGGCCUGGGAGAACCUGGGUCAGUCUACUGGACUCAACAUACGGACACCAGAGGAUCUGUCCAGAGAGGUGAUUCAGAUCCAGCAACGAGAGAUCGCUGUCAAACAACACAACUACACUCUCACCAGCAGCUGUAGGUCAGUGGAGCGUUCCAAGGCUGACCUCCAGGGGGAGCUGUUGUCGCUACGUUCUAAAGCUCUGGAAGAACAGAAGAAGAGAGAGACCCAGGAAUCACUGGUCAGACGACUGCAGAAGAGGGUGUUGCUGCUCACCAAGGAGCGUGAUGGGAUGCGCGCCAUCCUGGAGUCCUAUGACAGUGAGCUGUCUUCUAGUGACUACACUCCUCAACUCAGCCGCAGACUCAGAGAGGCAGAAGAUGUACUGACCAAGACUCAGAGCCACAAUACAGAGAUGGAGGUUCUGUUGACUAAAGCCCAAGAGGAGGCUGGGGCCCUCAAACUACAAGUACAGACUAUGGAGUUGGAGCUGGAGGUUAUGAAGAAGCAGCAAGACUCCGUCGCCGUGGGCAUCCCCUUAGCAACGAACGAGGAAGUCAACACACUCCGGCUGAAGAUUGAGGAGUUGGAGGGAGAGCGACAACGUCUGGAAGAACAGAACAAUGUUCUAGAGCUGAGGCUGGAGAGACACAACUUACAGGGAGACUACAAUCCGGUCAAAACCAAAGUCCUCCACUUCAGUCUGAACCCUACGAGCAUGGCCAAACAGCAGCGUGUGGAGGAAGUGGAGGCGCUGAGGGCAGAAGUGGAGUGUUUGAGGGAACGCCUCCGCUCACUGCAGACAGGGGGCGCUGUCUCUCUUGCUGCUGCUGCAGGAGAGACCAGCCUCAGUCUGCCUCCCUCACAGGAGGUCCUGGAUCUGCGUAAACAGAUGGAAACAGCUGAGCUGAAGAACCAGCGGUUGAAGGAGGUGUUCCAGAGGAAGAUUCAGGAGUUCAGGACGGUGUGCUAUGUUCUGACAGGCUAUCAGAUAGACAUCACUACUGAGAACCAGUACAGGCUGACCUCUGUCUACGCUGAACACAUGGACGACUCUCUACUGUUUAAGGCCAGUGGAGGCGCUGUGGGCAGUGGAGGCAGUAUGCAGCUGAUGGAGACAGACUUCAGUCGGACCCUGAGAGAGAUGGUGGACCUCCACCUGCACCACCAGAAGAGCAUCCCAGCCUUCCUCUCUGCUGUGACCCUCGACCUCUUCAGCCGACAGACCACGGUCUGACUUGACCCUCGACCUCUUUAGCCGACAGACCACGGUCCGACUUGACCCUCGACCCCUUCAGCCGACAGACCACGGUCCGACUUGACCCUCGACCUCUUCAGCCGACAGACCACCGUCUGACUUGACCCUCGACCUCUUCAGCCGACAGACCACGGUCCGACUUGACCCUCGACCUCUUCAGCCGACAGACCACGGUCUGAUUUGACCCUCGACCUCUUCAGCCGACAGACCACGGUCCGACCUGACCCUCGACCUCUUCAGACCACCGUCUGACUUGACCCUCGACCUCUUCAGCCGACAGACCACCGUCUGACUUGACCCCACCCCCCGGGGUUGAGGGUGUCCUGUGAUGAUAUAUGACCUGUGACCUCCUUGUCCUGUGUGGCUCAGUCGGUAGAGCAUGUUUCUCUACUUCCUGUGUUGAUCUCUGUAACCUUCAGUCAGAUGUUCUGUUAUUGUUUCUCUACUUCCUGUGUUGAUCUCUGUAACCUUCAGUCAGAUGUUCUGUUAUUGUUUCUCUACUUCCUGUGUUGAUCUCUGUAACCUUCAGUCAGAUGUUCUGUUAUUGUUUCUCUACUUCCUGUGUUGAUCUCUGUAACCUUCAGUCAGAUGUUCUGUUAUUGUUUCACUACUUCCUGUUUUGAUCUUUGCUCAUAAGUUGUUGUUUUUAACAGACACACAACUAUCAUCUUGUUAUUUUCUUGUAAAUGGAAAGCGGAGAAGAAGGUUGAACCUGAAUGAAUUGAUUUGUAAUUAGAACAAACAGCUCUAUUACUUCUUACCUCUGGGAUUCAGAAAACAAAACAAUCUACACUGAAAAAAAAAAUAAAUAGAAACGCAACAUGUAGCGCAUUUAGCAAACAUUUCUCUACCAUGAGCCGCCUCCGAUGCCGUUUGUAGAGAAUUUGGCAGUACGUCCAACCGGCCUCACAACCACAGACCACAUGUUACCAUGAGCCGCCUCCGAUGCCGUUUGUAGAGAAUUUGGCAGUACGUCCAACCGGCCUCACAACCACAGACCACAUGUUACCAUGAGCCGCCUCCGAUGCCGUUUGUAGAGAAUUUGGCAGUACGUCCAACCGGCCUCACAACCACAGACCACAUGUUACCAUGAGCCGCCUCCGAUGCCGUUUGUAGAGAAUUUGGCAGUACGUCCAACCGGCCUCACAACCACAGACCACAUGUUACCAUGAGCCGCCUCCGAUGCCGUUUGUAGAGAAUUUGGCAGUACGUCCAACCGGCCUCACAACCACAGACCACAUGUUACCAUGAGCCGCCUCCGAUGCCGUUUGUAGAGAAUUUGGCAGUACGUCCAACCGGCCUCACAACCACAGACCACAUGUUACCAUGAGCCGCCUCCGAUGCCGUUUGUAGAGAAUUUGGCAGUACGUCCAACCGGCCUCACAACCACAGACCACAUGUUACCAUGAGCCGCCUCCGAUGCCGUUUGUAGAGAAUUUGGCAGUACGUCCAACCGGCCUCACAACCACAGACCACAUGUUACCAUGAGCCGCCUCCGAUGCCGUUUGUAGAGAAUUUGGCAGUACGUCCAACCGGCCUCACAACCACAGACCACAUGUUACCAUGAGCCGCCUCCGAUGCCGUUUGUAGAGAAUUUGGCAGUACGUCCAACCGGCCUCACAACCACAGACCACAUGUUACCAUGAGCCGCCUCCGAUGCCGUUUGUAGAGAAUUUGGCAGUACGUCCAACCGGCCUCACAACCACAGACCACAUGUUACCAUGAGCCGCCUCCGAUGCCGUUUGUAGAGAAUUUGGCAGUACGUCCAACCAGCCUCACAACCACAGACCACAUGUUACCACGCCAGGACCUCCUCGUCCGGCUUCUUCACCUGCAGGAUCGUCUGAGACCAGACACCCGGACAGCUGAUGAAACCGACGAGUGUUUCGGUGGCUGUGCCCAGUCAUGUGAUAUAGAUUAGUGCCUCAUUAAUGCAUUUAAAUUGACUGAUUUCCUUCUAUAAACUGUACCUUAGUGAAUCUGUUGCGUUUGUGUUUCUGUUCAGUAUAAUUAUGACGUACGUGUGGAAUGUUAUUUCAGACAUGAAUUGAGUUAAUAAAGAACGAAUCCAACGAGA